CUUAAAUAAUAGAUGGCUACUAAAGGAAUUAAACUUACAUUAAAGACCAUUAAGGAGGUGAAAGUCUUAUCUAUGUAACGUGUGCGGUAGAUCUAAAAGCGCUAGUAAACUGAAUACGGAAGGUCAGAGAAUGUCAUCACACCAAUGCUCAUUCGUAACCCCUCUCUCAGCUGGAAUUGGCCUAAUACUGAGUAUUUCUUCACACGACCGGUAUUGUACCUUAACGAGAAAGUGCAAAUUUUCGAACGGGUACCAAUAUUAACGCGCAAAGAAAAAAAAAAUUCAAGAAAGACAAAGCUUGAAAAAUGAGUUCCGGGACAGCGCCAUCCCGACGUCGCCAGACGGCGUUGGCUGUGAUCGAUACCUACAACAAGUGGGAUCUCGAAGCCAUGGUAGCAAUUCGCACCGAAGACUGCGUGCAUCAAGUUCUCCCUCAAUCCCUUGGCCGUCAGCCCCUGAACAACGCAGAGUACAAGGCGUACUUCGCGACUUGGAUACCGCUCUUCAAAGACUUCACCGUGACCGUCAACGACCUAGUCGAGGAUGAAAAAGAGAACAAGGUCGUCAUGUGGGCGAAGAGCACGGCGAUGACGGAAGUCGGGCCAUAUGCCAAUGAGUACGUCCUUAUCCUACAUAUGAACGAAGCGGGGGAUAAGAUCACCAAGUUCCUCGAGUUCGUCGACUCGCAGUUCAGCGUCACGUUCUUCACUAAGUUGCGGGAGCAUCAAGCCCAAAAGGCGAACAGCAGCUGAAGCAAAGUUCGAGGACAAUUGUGGUGCAUUCAACUGUUGGAGGGGGGUAUGUAGCUAAUAUCUCACCGUGUAUAUUGCCUACCUGGGAAAGGUUGCAAGAUAUCAGAAUCAUGCAUAAACAAAACCUCUUGCAAAGAUACGCCAUACUUACUUAUGUAAAAACAACCUCUUUCGAGAAAUAAAAUUAGCGCCCUGUAAUAGUAGCGCCACCAAUCUUGAGGACGCUCUGCGUCCAUCUUUAGGGUUAAGUCAGGCCUUCACGUGUUAGUCCA